AUGCCGGGGCCCGCGCCCACGGCAGGCCAGCUGCUGUUGCACAGCGUGCGCUCGCUGCGCCCGCGCCCCGCGCACGCCUGGCUGGCCCGCGGCGCCGCGCCGCCCGCACGCGCGCGCCAUGCCGCCUCGCUCGCCGCGCCCUGGCCCAGCGCAGCGGCCACGUGCGGCUCGCCGAUGCGCCGCAUCAGCACGGCGCAGGAGAGCAGCGCACCGAACAUGGAGCUCGACCCGGCCGGCGUCGACGAGAGCAUGUUCGAGGCGCCCACGGACGAGUACCUCGUCGCCCAGCCCCGCAGCGGCACAACAUCGGCCACAGCCACGGGACCCGAGGCGCUGCUGCUCGACCUGCUCGCACAGGGCGACGCCGACGCGGCCACGCAGACACUGCGCCGCCUCGUCUCGCUCGGCACGCCGGUGCGGCCGCAUGCGCGCUUCGCCGCCGGCGCUCUCCACGCCGCUGCACAUCCUGCGACCGCCGACGAGCGUGACGUGCUGCGCUGGCUCGCACUCACGGCAUGCGAGGACGAGGCUGUGCCGCUCAUGGCUUCGACGCUGCGUGCUCUCCAGGCGCGUGCUAGCUGCUCCGUCGUCACGCAUGCUCGCGCGCUCGAGCUCGUCAUUCGUGCCGGCUUCCUGCACAGCAACGCCAACCCGCAGAUCGCAAGUCUGCUCGCCUUCACGCUGCGCUACACCGGCGACAGCAGCGGCAGCGGCGGCGUGGGAUGGGGCCACCUCUGGCGCAAGAUCUCGGCGGCAUAUGCUCAGAGCGUCAGCGCUGUCGAGCAGGCCUCGGAGCGUCGGCCGCUGGAGAAGCUAUUCAACAGCGCCGUGCGGGCGCUCGCGCUGGCCGGCCGGCUGGAAGCGGCAUACGCCUGGGCCGGCCUGGCGACUUCUGGUGCGCCGCCAGAGGGCGCCAAGCUCAGCUCUAUCACCGUCAAGAUGCUCAUGGAGCAGCUGCAGGCGGGCUCGGUGCAGGACGUUGAGGCCGUCUCAGGCUUCGACCCGCAAGCCGCAGCACAGUCCUUCGCCGCACGCCUUGCAACGUGCAACAUGCCCAAGCUCGCCAAGAUUGCUGCCGCGCAGCUCACGCCGGCCCAGCUGGAGCCGCCGUCGAUAGAGAGCAGCGUGGACUUCCAGAUCGUCGGCCACCUCCUGGCUGGCCAUAGCACGCAGGCGUGCGAAGCGCUCAAGGAGCGUCUUGCUGCCCCUGCGCCAUACGGGCGCAUCGACACCCACGCGCACCUGCCGAGCGCUUCCAUCCUCGCGCGCCUCGUCUGGGGCGCGGAGCCGCUCGGAACCGAGCAAGCUGCGUCGCUACGAGAGGCACUGUCUGCUGCCCGCGCCGGGCGAGGCCUGUGGGAGACGGCCGAGCUGCACGCCGCCGUCUCGCGCGAGGACUACGCCGAGGCCCAUGCAGUCUGGGCGCGCUCUUUCUCGGACACGCCGGCGCUCAGCACUUCGUUCCGACAGCUCUCCGUCGAGAACACAGCCAUCUCUGCGCACACGGACGCUGCGGCACACCGUCUGUGGCCGAGCAAGACGGCUGUGAAGAUCAUGCUGCACGCAUGCGCACAGCUGCCAUUCCGGCUGCCGCGCAGGCACUCGUCGGCGCGGAAGAAUUGGCUCCAUUCGCGCACCGAGUCGAUGUAUACCCGCUGGCUCGCGGCCACUUUCGACUCGCCGCAAGAGCACCACGUCGCCUCGUCAGCCACCAUUAGCGAACCAUCCGGAAGCACCGCAGCAGGGGCGGAAGACGGCGAAUGGUGGAACUCGCUGCUGAGUUGGAGUCAAGGCGGCAAGACGCAGUCUGGCGCGGCGGACCCGCAGUCACUUGGCGGGCAACGAGCCGACCAGGUGGUGCCGGCUCACUCGAUGCACUUCGAGGUCUUCCUCGAGGCCGCGCUCGCCCUCUUGCCGCAGCGCGAGCACCUGCGCGUCGUGCUGCGCUUCAUGGGCGAUAUGCGCAAGCGUGCCGUGGAGCCGUCGGUGCGCGUGCACAACAGACUGCUCAAGUGCGUCGCCAUGGCGCACGGCUGGGCGCAGAGCGAGAAGCGCGCACGCGCCAUGGGUAUGGAUGGUAGCCUGCCCUCGCUGCCCGGUGCCACGCUCACCAGCUACUCGAUGCUGCUCGACGCUCUCAUGCGCGCACGCAGCAGCCCCGAGAACCUCGAGGGUGCUCGCAUCGUGCGGCGCUGGCUGCUCGACGCGGCCCUCAAGAAUUCGCAGCAGCGCGACGAGGCGAACCUGGGCACCUCAUGGGCCUUUGACCAUCGCGAGAUGCAGGGCCUGCUCGAUCGCGCCGAUGCCGAGGCUACCGGCAACGCCGAUGCCAGCUGGCGCCUGCGUCUUAUCGACAGAUGGACGGCGCGGCAGGACUUCUCGCUCAGCGACGUGCGCGAGAACCGGCCGGCCUGCCGCGCCCUUGUGCUGCUCGCCGCCGAGGAUGCCCGUCGUGGCAAGGUGGCGCUGGCGCAUCAUCGCCGCGCGGCGUCUGAGGCGGCUGGUGCCGACGGAGCGAGCGUCACUGCCGCUCGUGAGCUAUCAACGACGCGCAUGGACCUGGCGGCAGCCAAGCGGCGCCGACAUGCCAAGGAGCAUCGGGCGAGGAGACGUGCGAGCGUUCAAUAA